CCCGGAAGUUCUGGGCCGAAUUCCUGGUUGCCAACGAGUCCCAUCCAGAGUGGAUGGAAACCGGCGACAUGGCGGCGUCCGGCCCAGCGCUGUGCCUCUUCGACGUGGACGGGACCCUGACGGCCCCGCGACAGAAAAUUACCAAAGAAAUGGAUGGCUUUCUACAAAACUUGAGGCAGAAGAUCAAAAUUGGAGUAGUAGGCGGGUCGGACUUUGAGAAAGUGCAGGAGCAGCUGGGAAAGGAUGUGGUUGAAAAAUAUGAUUAUGUGUUUCCUGAAAAUGGCCUGGUUGCAUACAAAGAUGGGAAACUCUUGUGUAAACAGAGUAUUCAAGGUCACCUGGGUGAGGCCCUAAUCCAAGAUUUAAUCAACUACUGUCUGAGCUACAUCGCAAAAAUUAAACUCCCGAAGAAGAGGGGUACUUUCAUUGAGUUCCGAAAUGGGAUGUUGAACGUGUCCCCGAUUGGGAGAAGCUGCAGCCAAGAAGAACGCAUUGAGUUUCACGAACUCGAUAAAAAAGAAAAUAUCAGACAGAAGUUCGUAGCAGAACUGCAGAAAGAGUUUGCGGGAAAAGGCGUCACGUUCUCCAUAGGAGGCCAGAUCAGCAUUGAUGUCUUUCCUGAGGGCUGGGACAAGAGGUAUUGCCUGAGACAUGUGGAAAAUGACGGCUAUAAGACCAUCUAUUUCUUCGGGGACAAAACCAUGCCAGGUGGGAAUGACCACGAGAUCUUCACCGACCCGAGGACCGUGGGCUACACGGUGACGGCCCCCGAGGACACCCGCAGGAUCUGUGAGGAGCUGUUCUCCUAACGGCCCCUUUCCCAAAGGAGGGCAGGACAUCCCGCUGACAGGCUGCAAGGGCCACUGGUGGCCACACUCAAGAUCCCUCCCUCCCUCACACGCCAGGCUCCCCACACUGUCCUGUGGCCCCGACCACGACGUGGCCUCCACCCUCAGUGCCAGAAGCAGCCAGACCUGUCAAGAAUGGCCUGAAGGAAUACCUCCAACCCGAUUUCAUCCCCCACCCCCAAGUCUCAGACCCUCCGUACGUGCAAUCACAGUACACACGGUUUUGAGGGGAACCUUCCCCAUCAUUCUAGAAUGAUACAGAACGAAUGUGCCUGGACCCUCACUCCUCAUGGGUCUUGUGAAAAAUGUAACCAGUAUCAAUGUUUGGACCCCCUGUGUCAGUACCGACGGGGGCAUCAGGUGAUGAGAAAGGACAAGAUGUUUACAGCCAUCCCUCCCCAAGACAGAAGUUCAACAGCGCCUCCGGAGGGGAAGCUCCUGCCUGAGUGGCAGCCUGGGGGGACUUUGAAAGCGAGGGCCCUGUGGCCGCCAGGCAGUACUGAGCUCAGCGGCACAUGGGACGCAGACGGGUGGCCGCCAAGUGACCACUGACCCCAACGAGUUUGCACCUUAGCUGGCCUGCAGCACGGCAGGCAAGCUCUGAAUUCACUACACUUAGGAGAGCCCACUGCGCCUCCGCCUGUCAGGAUGGGAGCAAGUGGGCCCCAUCUGCCCUGCCCCUGGAUGCUGGCACUGGCUGGCUCCCCGAGGGCCUCACUCCCCUCCACUUUCUCAGGGAACACGUGAGAGCCUGGAUCGUUAACAGAAGAGGAGUGGCACGGCUGCUCUGCAGAUCUUUUCGUGAAGCUGCAGGUCUGCCCGGCCUCACCCAGACCUGGACCUAAGGGGUGGGAGCCGUCCGGUGGUUGGGCCUGUGACCCCCACUCGUGCUUCGAGUUCUGCGAGGUCCUUGUGCCACUGGAAGGCAGCUCCAGGGUCCCGUGGGGGAGCGCUAUCCAAGGAAACGGUUCACAGGUCACUUUUCAGAAUCUGGACUCGUCAGGACCCACAAAUCCUCAGUCCACUCCAGUCCACAGCACGGCCUCUGCUCAGGGCUGGCCGAUCUGAACGGCGGUCUGCACCCCCGCCGCCCCACCCCCACCCCACCAGGUGCUUUCAUCUCAGCGUUCGCUAGGUCCUUCCAAGCCUCCCAGGACCCCCCCCCCGGGCUGGUCUUAGCUUGGGGUCUGGUUGGGGGCAGUCUGCAUGACCACACCCAGGGCUGACGUUGCUCCGUGGUUCCCAGGACACAGCCACCCAGGGGUACCUUUCUUUGUUGGAUUUUGCAAAUGAUACUGUAAUGACCUUUCACAAUGAAAAGCAGCAAAUUAAAGUUGAUUUUAUUGUUUCCCAUUUCUCAUUCUGAGGCCUUUCUCCUUCUUUGACGGUUACAUGAAUGGUGAAGUGAAUGACCAGCCAUGCUGUCUUCUCAGAUUCUGGAAGAUCGGCAGAUCUGAAGGCCACUGCUUCGGACACUGGGGUUCCCGGGGUUUCUGCAGCGCCAGAGUUUUGUGCUUCCCGGCUGGCACAGAUCCUCGCCUUCCUGCCCACUGGGUAAGGAUCCCCAAGUUUCCUUGUUACAGCAAAGCAAGUCUUAACUCAAAUUUGCCCUAACCUUUAGAACUGGAGACAGCCCUGCCUGGGCUGCCCUGGGCAGGUGCCCUGAGGCUGUGGGGCUGGGCCCCACCCCUCCCUGGGUUCCCACCGUGGCUGCCAGCCGGACACUCAGCGGCAGACCCCCUGGGCCCCUUUCACCACCCCCGGGGCCUCCCUCUGUGCUGCCAGGACCUCCUCCCGCCUGCCCCGCCUUCCACAGGCACCUACACUUACCACAGGCAUCUUCUGUCUUCGGGUCUUCCAGAACCCCCGGGGCUCCCCCAGCCAGGUGUGGCAGCCUCACCCACGCCGGCUCUGCUGCUGACCAGCGGCGUGACUCAGGACGGGUUCAUCGCAGCCUGCUUGCUCCUCUGUUGGGUGGGGUACGGCCCUACCACACAGGAGCCCUAAACGAGCUACCUCCAGCCAGGCUACUAUUAACUUCACGAGCCCCCGGGAAGCCUGUAAGACAGGCCCUGCCAGCCCUGCUGUCCCGGCACGGCUCAGUCAGCCCCCAGCUUUCCGGAACCGGCAGCACGCCGCCAGCACGGGAAACCUCAACACUGUAGCUAACUGUUGAGCAAGGGGGAAGCAGAGGUUGGCCCUGGAGUCAGCGGCCCCGUGGAGGGCACAGCGGGGGCUCCUGAGGGAGAAGCCCCCAGGAAGGCCCUCCUGUGCUUCAGUGAGGUGCUGCACUCCAACCCGAGGGAGGAGACGGGACAGGAUCUACGGGACACUUGGCAAGAUCUCUCAGCCAGUGGGCAGGGGGAGCGCCCCGAUCGGGAAAAUUUGGCAGAUUUGUCGAGGUGGAAGUGGCCUUGAAUCACUUCCUCUCCAAGGGCUGCUUCCUCUUCCCCCACUGCUCCUUGACCUUGACCCCAUCAGGCCACUUGGGCUCCGUCCCACGGCCACCCCACCCUUCUCUCAGAGCUGGAUUCCCGCACCACCUGCAGUUCUCCCACCUGCACAGUACUUGCUGAGUGCAGCACUUGGACAGAUCUCCUUGUUUGGGACAAAACGCCUACUUUGGCUUCUCCCUAAACAGGUCCCUCGGCCUGGUUGUAAUUGUUCCGAGUACACUUUGAAAAUCAGUACUGCAGUAAAAAUACUCAUCUCUGCACCAUCAAAAAUGAUCUACCCUCCCUCGGGAGACCCUGGCUGGGCAAGACCUUCCCAACCUGACCCGUAAAUCCGACCCAGAGCAUCCCUGCCUGUCAGCCCAGCCUCCCUGCUGUGCCCCUGGACACCCAGUCCCUGGGCCUUCACACCUCCCACCACCAAACUUCCCUCGGUCGGGCCUGCCCCUGCUCUCGCCGCUCACGCUCACACAGUAAAAGUUCAAGUGCAUCCA